AUGAUCAUUCCGAUCCGCUGCUUUUCCUGCGGCAAGGUGACGGGCGACCUGUGGGAGAAGUUUGUGAAGCUUAUUGAGGAGGAGGGGCUCAGCGACGGUGACGCCCUCGACCAGUUGGGGUGCAAACGGUACUGCUGCCGGCGCAUGGUCAUGACACACGUCGACCUCAUUGAGAAGCUCCUGAAGUACACCCCGGACGGUCGAAACUACAAGAAGAUCGAGAUGCAGCAGCGCAACCACGAUUAG